UGGCAGACUUUGGUAUCAUUGUUCUACAAAAGCCAUGGACAGGAGCUAUUUCGACCCAAUAUAUUUGGGUCUACUGCCCCCAUCAAGUUCUUAACAACCAUGGGUGAUGCCGCAGAACCUGUUACACAGGACUCUUCUUCAGUUAGCCUUAAGACAGUUCGGCCCAUCAAAUUCAAAAGGCCUGAUAAAACAACCAGGCACAUAAUGCAGAUUUUGGAUACGGAAGCAGUGGAGGCAGUAAAGGAAAAUAGAGAGAUCCUUGACAUAAAGUCCUGUUAUACUGUCCAGCUUAAAGUGGAAGUGCCCGAGAACAAGUGUCAAGUUUCGAUUAUGAAAGGCAUUAUUAUAGCAAGGCGCAAUGCUGGUCUCAAUACAACAUUUAGAUUACGGAGGCUGGUAGCAGGUGUUGGAGUGGAAUCUGUUUUCCCUUUAUACUCUCCCAACAUAAAGGAAUUCAAAGUGAUGGACAAGAAGGAAGUCAGGAAGGCAAAGUUAUAUUACCUUAGGGACAGAAUGAAUGCUCUCAGGAAAUAAGAGCUGUACAAGUGAGACUCUCCCCCUGAUUUUUCUUCCCAAUGGAUUUGAUUGAAUCAAUUUCCAUAUUUUAUUCGAAUGCAUUAGCUGAUACUUUUGCACACAAGAUGUCUGGGGAAAUGGUACCUGGAUCCACAGAUACCUAAAAUACGGUUUCAUCGGAUUGGGUCUAGAUUUUGGGUCUGAUUAAGAAUCUAGAUCCUACUUAGUUGGAUCGGAUUCCUAUCAAUUUUGGGUAAUAAAAGUCUCUAAAUCUGUUCACAGAUGUUGGUUUUGAUCUAAUCAGGUCUAUAUGUGGGUGCAAUGCUUCAAAUCUUGUUAGAAAUAUAUUCAGAUACCUGAAUCCACCA